AUGAAUCAUAAAAGUAGAGAUAUUGAUGUGACAAACUUUUGUACACCUCCCGUCAUUCCAAAACGGAGAAGACGAGUAUCAAAGCGACGUUAUUUAGAAAGAAGCCACAGCCUGAAGAGUGAAUCAAGUCAUUACAAUAACAAUUGUAGAUUAAGCUUAGUAGUUCCAGUUACUCUCUUGCUAAUAUUAAGUACAAUAUUCAACGUGACAGAACAUGAACGAUUAUUGAAUGCAUCGCAAACGAUGCGCAUCAGAAUUGAUAGUGCUGAAGGAAAUACCGUUGUGUCUCGUAACGAUUUAUCUCUUUAUGCUUUUUCUCUCACAUUAAAGUUGAGGCAAAAACCAUUAAACCGCUUAACUUUCAAAACAACUGUGUGUUGUCUGAGCUUAAGACAAGCUAAGCUGACAAUAUUGGCUUUGUUUGCAAUGGGAAUUGGUAGACAAGAUGACGCUUAG